GAGUGUUUUAUUUCGAGCCCGCAAACACCUAAUGUCCGGUUUUAUCCGAGCUACUGCUUGCUCACUUGACGCAUCUUAACCACAUCCAUAUGGUUUCCAGAUUAGAUGUGGGAAAUAAGAAAUCUGUGCUGCUAGCUAACAUUUCCCAGCUGUUUCCAGCGAGUGUAACGGCCAGAAAGGACGUGCGGUCCCCGGCUCGUGGACGACAGACCUCUCGGUAGAUUCUAAACACUUAAAGGAGGAAGUUUAUACCGAAACGUAAUUGUCGGUUUUUCUACGUUAUCCCACGACCAUGCCCUCGUCUAAAUAGCCUUGGUGGAGGUCGAGGAUGGCCGCAGACGUGGAUAAAAGAAUCCCCGAGGAUGAAAGCAAAAAUUCGCCACAGAAUGGGCAUCAGAGUCCGGGCUCUGGCUCCUGGAUCUACAGGGGGAUGUGGACCCUGCUGGUAGUCGGUGCUGUCCCUCUUCUCGCUUUUGGGAUCAAGAAUUAUCAAGAUGCCCAGCUCGUCCAACGUCAUGAAGAGAGUGUUCGAACUCUGGGUGCUGAGGGGCUUUUUCUCUUCUCCUCCUUAGACACCGACCAUGACCUUUAUCUCAGUCCGGAGGAGUUUAAACCUAUUGCAGAGAAACUCACAGGGAUUACACCCCCUGUGGAUUUUGAGGAGGAAGUGAUCCAUGAACCCAAUGGAGAGACUUUGACUUUGGAGGCCAAAAUGCAGCCUCUGCUGCUUGACUCUAUGACAAAAAGCAAGGAUGGCUUCCUUGGGGUUUCUCACAGCUCCCUGAGUGGGCUGCGGUCUUGGAAAACCCCAGCAGUGCCUUCUUCUUCCUUCUCUGCCAGCCAGUUCAGGGUCUUCCUGCCCCCAAAGAACAAGGUUGAAGUGGGAGACACGUGGUGGGUGAUUCCUAGCGAGCUCAACAUCUUUACUGGAUACCUGCCCAAUAAUCGUUACCACCCUCCCACACCAAAAGGCAAAGAGGUUCUCAUCCACUCCUUGCUGAGUAUGUUCCAUCCUCGGCCCUUCAUCAAAUCACGUUUUGCUCCUCAGGGCGCAGUUGCCUGCAUUCGUGCCAGCAGUGACUUUUAUUAUGACAUUGUCUUCAGGAUUCAUGCAGAGUUCCAGCUCAACGAUGUGCCGGACUUUCCCUUCUGGUUCACCCCGGGCCAGUUCACUGGCAACAUCGUCCUCUCUAAAGACGCAUCUCAUGUCCGCCACUUCCACCUCUACGUCCCCAAUGACAGGUCUCUGAAUGUGGACAUGGAGUGGCUGUACGGGGCCAGUGAGAGCAGCAACAUGGAGGUGGACAUCGGAUACCUGCCGCAGUUAGAGCUGCAGUCCAUAGGCCCGUCCACUCCAUCCAUCAUCAUGGACGAGGACGGCAACAUUAUCGACAGUCGGGACGGCAGCAGUGAGCCGAUCCAGUUUGUCUUUGAAGACAUCCACUGGACUUCAGAGAUCAGUCGGCAAGAAGCCACCCGACGCCUGGAGGUCACCCUCUACCCGUUCAAGAAGGUGUCGUACCUGCCUUUUUCAGAGGCCUUUGAGCGAGCCAAAGCAGAGAAGAAGCUGGUGCAUUCCAUUCUGCUUUGGGGAGCAUUAGACGACCAGUCCUGCUGAGGUUCGGGGCGAACUCUCCGGGAGACAGUCCUGGAAAGUUCGCCCGUCCUGGCCCUGCUCAACCAGAGCUUCAUCAGCAGCUGGUCUCUGGUCAAAGAGCUGGAGAAUAUGCAGGCUGAUGAGCAGAACCCUGUGUUGAGUGAAAAGGCCCGAUUACACCUGGAGAAGUACAACUUCCCUGUGGAGAUGAUGGUGGCGAUGCCUAAUGGAACCAUUGUCCACCACAUCAAUGCCAACUUCUUCCUGGACGAGACAGCCAUGAAACCAGAGGAGGAAGGAGCAACUUUCAGCUUCUCUGCAGGGUUUGAGGACCCCUCUACAUCCACUUAUAUCAGCUUUCUGAAAGAGGGGUUGGAGAAAGCUAAGGAGUACCUGGCACAUUAAUGUGUGUGUGAGUGUGAUAGAGCCUGAGAGACUAAACUGGAGGAAAUGACAAUCAUUCCUCUGGGUAAUGAUCCAAGAUAAGGAAAACCCUCCAACAAUUAUAUAGAGAAGCUUUCUCAUCUAUGUUGGCAGCUGAGAAACGUUUUUGCCUUCUAUGCUGUUUGUUACUAUUUAUUUUGGGCAUCUCUCCUGGUCAGAAAUGUUUUAUAUACAGUAUUUGUAUUGUGACAAACGGCACAUAUACUGUACUGUUAGUCAAUAUAGCAUACUUUCAUGAAAUAUAAAGGCCUUGCACUCAGCAGUAACAAAUAUUUAACCACAUUUAGAUCUGCUCUCUCUGCUUCGCAGCUGCUGAUUAGUGUUGGUAUAACAUGUAGACAGAGGCCUGACAAGUCAUUCUUGAGUGCAAGUGCCAGUGCCAUCCUAAAGACAAAUCAUAAAUGCAUCACGACACGAAGCAACAUUUGAUAUUCCUUCUUUUAUAUCCUGGUGUUGCACGUGCAAUAUUUAAUGACAAAGUGAGUUUUCCUGCUGUUGAGGGUACCCAGAGGCGGCGCCGGGGCAGUUGUUGCCUCCAGUUGUGCUUCAGCAGUUUGUGAAGACUUUGCCUGAAAGCCCUCCGUGGGCUGGGUAAUGCCUGAUGUUCUUUGCCGAGGCUGCUGGAGGGAACACCCUUCUCUGCCUCAGGGGACAAACGCAGCAGGAAAAAUUAAACUGGACUGCGGCACAUAAAAUGUUUAAUUCAGCUGUUUUCUUGUACUUUUGAGUUUGAAACCAAAUGUUGGAAUAUUUUGAAGAUUUUUUUUGUUUAGAGGAGGAUGUAAACACACCAAAGAACAUUGUUUUUAACAUGUACAGUAGCUGGCUUGCAGCUAGGGCAGCUGUUGAGCACAAAGAAAUUCAGU